UCUGUAUACUAGAACUUGCACAGCUUUUGUUUUGAAGAAAGAAUCUUCACAGCUAUGAAUCAAGUCAUACUGCUGUUGCUGAUAGUAGCGAUGUCCUCGCUGGCCCACUCGGCUCAUAUCCUUAACAUGUCCCAGCCGCUGGACUGUGAGGAUGUGUACAAAAUAAGGAUCAACUCAAAUCACAGUGCCCCUGUUCCCAGUGGAGUGUACACCAUCUACCCAGCAGGGCCUAAUAAACCCGUGAAGGUGUACUGUGAUAUGGGCUGUGCAGAAAGUGAUGGCCAUGAUGAUGAGAAAUGGACUGUGAUUCAGAGGAGAAUUGAUGGCAAUGAGAGUUUCUACCGGCCAUGGGAGCAGUAUAAGGAAGGAUUUGGUAAUGCCGCGGGUGAAUACUGGCUAGGUCUGGAGAACAUCUUCCUCAUGACCAACACUGACAAGUACAUGCUGAGAGUGGACAUGGAGGAUUUUGAGAAAGGCAGUGCCUACGCCCAGUACACUUUGUUCUACAUCGACUCAGAGUCCAGCUACUACAGGCUGAACAUCGGUGGCUACAUCAAUGGAGGAGCAGGUGAUUCCUUGUCCUAUGUGAAUGGGAGGUAUUUUUCAACCUUUGACAAAUCCUACUCAAGAAACUGUGCGGAGACGUACAAUGGUGGUUUCUGGUACUACUACUACUCCUACUACAGAUAUUAUUAUUGUCACAGAGCCAACCCCAAUGGCCUGUACAAGUAUGGACGUGUGAGCACAGCAAACACAGGGAUCAUAUGGCAGUCCUGGAAAAAUUACUACUACUCUCUGAAGACCAUCACAAUGAAGAUCAGGCAGAUUGGUCCGGAAGAUCUUGAACAUCUUUAACUUUCCAGGCCUGGAAAGACAAAAGAUAAAAUAUUUUCCUCAUUUCCAGUUUGAUGCUGUACGGGUACAAUGGCUUUUGUCUGUGAAAAAUGCCACAUAAAUAAAUAUUUCCUUCCUUCCUUCCAUACUUAGAAUAGACAGGAAUAAGUGUGAUAUCUCUGACUGCUGCUGGAAACAGAUGCUCAGUAAAAUGGGAAGAAUACUUAUCAAUAUCCAGUAAUCUUCAGCCUUUGGUUUAUUCUGUGGUAUAUCCCUCCGUAAUGCCCUCCAUUCUCAACUGUAUUAGUUUCUUCU